GGUGCACCUAAUAAACAGCUUGGGCAGAGGCAGAAGAAGAAGAAGCUUCCGUCGCUGAACCCUAGUGGCGAGUUGCUAAUGCUGAACAGAAGCGACUCGUUUGAAGGCUUUAUCAUCAUGAGUUAUGCAGAGAAACCAGACGACAUCACGAGGGACGAAUGGAUGGAUAAACUCAACAAUGUCCACAUUCAGCGAGCUGAUAUGAACAGACUUAUUAUGAACUAUUUGGUGACAGAGGGAUUCAAGGAGGCGGCGGAGAAGUUCAGAAUGGAGUCUGGGAUUGAGCCAAGUGUGGACUUGGAAUCCCUUGACGAGAGAAUAAAGAUCAGAGAAAUGAUUCUGAAGGGGCAGAUCCAGGAUGCCAUUGCGCUGAUCAACAGUCUGCAUCCGGAACUGCUGGAUACUAAUCGCUACCUUUACUUUCACUUGCAGCAGCAGCAUCUUAUUGAGCUCAUUCGCUUGAGGGAGACGGAAGCUGCCCUCGAAUUUGCCCAGUCCCAGUUAGCAGAGCAGGGGGAGGAGAGUCGAGAAUGUCUGACUGAGAUGGAGAGGACGCUUGCCCUGCUGGCGUUCGAUAAUCCAGAGGAGUCACCUUUUGGAGAUCUGCUCAAUAUGAUGCAGAGACAAAAGGUGUGGAGCGAAGUGAAUCAAUCUGUACUCGACUAUGAAAAUCGGGAGUCAACCCCCAAGUUGGCCAAGCUCUUGAAGUUGCUGCUAUGGGCUCAAAAUGAACUUGAUCAAAAGAAAGUCAAGUAUCCAAAAAUGACAGACCUCAGUAAGGGGACCAUCGAGGAGCCAAAAUAAUGAAAGAAUAAAAUGGACAUGUUUCCGAUAUCUAUUUGUACCCCAACGAAAUGAGAUAUCAUCUUUGUCCACCAAAAGUUUCCCCUUUUAUGUUGAACUGGACUGAUGCUAUUUUAAAAUGACCUCUCACUCAAUGGAACAUGUUAUUUUAUUUGGUGUUAUUAUGUAGAUAUAUGGAAUGAAAUCAGUAUUUUUUUGUUUCAUAUUUACAUGUACACUAGUUUUUUUCUGUCUGUUGGCAGGGAAAGUUGGUAUUGGAAGGUGAAUAAAGCCUAAAUUAGGUUGUCAGUCUGCGUGAUCAUGCUUCCAGUGAAAAUGAUUGGCUGUGUGUGCAUGUCCUCAACAAAAGCUUCCACGUGUCAGCAAUGAGACACAGGGAUGUUUCUCAAUGCUUGUUUGACUGUAACUUUCUUGUUAAUGGCUGAAAAGGUUCAGGCACCUGCAGACACAAAGACACACGGAUGCUAUGAUGUACAUGAGUGAAAUAAGCUGCUCUUUUACUAUAUCUGCUGUGCUUCCAUUUGCUGUUAUUUUAUUUUGCAAUAAAUGCAAGUUUUACAAUUUU